AUGGAUGGACUCAGUCAUGUAUUCAAUGGCCGCAGGACAAAAGUCUAUGAGUACGUUGAAAAGAAAUGGAAGAAGGAUGAGUUUUUUGAGUACCAGCUUUUGAAUGGCCUGAACCCCUUAAUGAUCCAUCGCUGCACCAAAUUACCAGAUAACUUCCCUGUUGCAGAAGACAUGGUGAAGGCUUCCCUUUAUAAAAAAAAAAGCCUUAAGGAAGAAAUUCAGAAUGGGAACAUCUUCUUGGUUGACUACAAGCACCUGCAUGAAGUGAAAGCAAACGUGAUCAACAGGAAACAACACUACUUGGCAGCCCCGCUAUGCUUGCUCUACAUGACCGGGAAAGAGAAGCUCAUGCCCAUUGCAAUCCAGCUGAAGCAAAAGCCAGCAGCUGACAACCCGAUCUUCCUACCCACCGACUCAGAGUACGAUUCUCACCUGCUGGCUGAGGUGUUUGCUGUGUCCACGCUACGUAACCUGCCAAUGGUGCAUCCUGUCUACAAGCUCCUGAUCUCUCACUUCCGCUACACCCUGCAGAUCAACACAAUGACUAGAGAGAGUCUCAUAUCAGAGACUGGGUUGAUCACAAAGCAUUUUAGUAUUGGUGGAACAGGGAUGAUGGAGUUCCUGAAGAAAGCAGUGGCCUCAUUGACCUACAGUUCCCUCUGUAUGCCUGAGGAUAUCAGUGCACGUGGUCUGGAGUCCAUCCCCAACUUCUACUACAGGGACGAUGGACUCAAGCUGUGGGACAAAGUCCACAGAACCCUGCGUCUUGACCUGCUUGAACAUUUCUAUGAGAAGGCCAUACUGCAGAAUAUCAAGGAAUUCAUGGAUGAUCUGAAGGUCUUCAGCGUUGAAAUCAAAGCCCGGAACGCACACCUUGCACUGCCCUACACCUACCUGGACCCUGAGAAUAUAGAGACCAGUGUAGCCCUCUAA